AUGUACACGAGCUGUGGAAGCCCAAAGAACGCUCGCAAAAUUUUUCAAAGCAUCCGCAGAAAAGACUACUACUCCUGGGAUUUGAUAUUGGAAGCGUAUGUACAAGACGGGCAUAUGGAGGAGGCCCAAAAAAUCUUCACUGCUAUGCCCCACAGGAAUCUUGUCUCGGGAACAACAAUGCUCAAAUUUCAUGGCGAACUCGGCUUGAUCAAAGAGGCCGUAAAAAUUUUCGACUCUAUGCCCGAGAGGGACUUAGUUUUAUGGACGGCAAUGCUUUCUACUUAUGCCACCAGUGGGCAUUUUGUAGAUGCCGAGCGCAUUUUUGACGAGAUGCCUGAGAGGAGUUUUGUCGUAUGGAAUGCCAAGCUCACGGCAUAUUCUCAAAGCGGGAACCUGGAAUACGCCAAGCGCGCGUUUGACGAGAUGCCUGAGCACAAUGUGGUCUCCUGGACUGCCAUGCUGGCAGCAUACUCUGAGAUAGGGAAUCUUGGCGAGGCCAUCAGAAUCUUUAAUGAGAUUCGUCAGCGAGAUAUUGUGUGCUGGAACGCAAUGCUUGCCGCAUAUGCCCGUGCUGGGUAUCUAGAGGAAUCUUGGGCAUUAUACUGUGCCAUGCCGUACAGAAGCCUUAGCUCCUGUAAUACGAUGGUUUUCACAUUUGUACAGAGUAGAAACAUCAAGGGUGCCUGGGCAGUAUUGGAGGAUAUGCCACAGACGGAUCUUAUAACGUGGACAGCUCUCCUUACAGCAUAUUCCCAGGACGGGAAUGUGGAGGAGGCCAAGCUUGUGUUUGAUCAAAUACCGCGCCACAAUCUCUUCUCUUGGAACACAUUGCUUUCUGUAUAUACUGCUAACGGGAGACUUGAUUCCGCUAAAAGCAUCUUUGAAAUUAUGCCAAUGAAGGACCUAGUUUCUUGGAAUGCCAUACUUGCGGCAUAUGCCCAAUGCGAGCAUCUGGAGCUAGCAAAAUUUACGUUUGAUGGGAUGCCCGAGAGAGAUUCCGUCAGUUGGGACUGUAUGCUAGUAGCGUUUUUCAAUAACGAGCGGCUCGCGGAGUCCAAGGCCGUGUUUGGGACGGGAUACCGCGGCGUGGGGCGGCAUCCUGGCGGCAUAUGCGAGCAAUGGCCUGCCCGGCCAAGCCCUGGACCUCUUCUUUGA